GGAGAGAAGACGGUCAGUGUGUCUGUGUGAGGGGCUGGGUUUCUGGGUUUCUGGGUUUCUCUUUUAUCCAAGAAGAGGAAAAAAGAAAAAAAGAAAAAUCAAGCAGUUUCAAGCAUGUCGGGACAAAGGCAGUGAGUGAAGCCUGACUAGCGAUGAUUUAAACACCUCCGGGAGUCUCCAUCAUGGCCAUACGGGAGCUCAAGGUUUGCCUUUUAGGGGACACUGGAGUUGGGAAAUCCAGCAUUGUUUGCCGAUUUGUUCAGGAUCAUUUUGAUCACAACAUAAGUCCGACCAUAGGAGCGUCAUUCCUGACCAAGACGGUGCCAUGUGGGAAUGAACUACACAAAUUUCUGAUCUGGGAUACAGCCGGACAGGAACGAUUUCACUCAUUAGCUCCAAUGUACUACAGAGGAUCGGCUGCUGCUGUCAUUGUCUAUGACAUAACUAAACUGGAUUCUUUCCAGACACUGAAGAAGUGGGUGAAGGAGCUGAAGGAACACGGUCCAGAGGACAUUGUUGUAGCCAUAGCAGGGAAUAAGAAUGAUUUAGGAGACAUCAGGGAAGUUCCUAUGAAGGAGGCUAAGGAGUUUGCUGAAUCAAUCGCAGCUAUUUUCAUCGAGACUAGUGCCAGAAAUGCUGUCAAUGUCGAGGAGCUCUUUCAGAAAAUCAGUAAACAGAUCCCACCCCUGGAGAAUCCUGAGGUGGACAGCAACGAGUCCUUCAAGCUCACUCGGCAGCCUGCUCCGCCCGCCAGGAGGUGCUGCUAGUACCAAGAGUGGCCGACGAGACGACUUCCCUCAGCAGCGAGGACCCCGCCUGCACAGCACACAGUCCACAAUGCACACAGUGUCUUACUCCCGGGAAAGACAACAGAGUGGACAGACUGAGGUCAGCUUGCACGUGUGGUCGAUCGCAACAUGAAACAGAAAGAAAAAACCCGCCAACAGUAUUAUGUAGGUCAAUGCACAUGCAGUUUCCACAAGCACAUUUUUAUUUCAUUUAGCUGUAGCAGUUUUAGCUCUGAUGAAGUCGGUUUGUCCCCCUCAUGUGGUGUUUUGACUGAAUUACAUUAAGAUUCCUGUUUGUGUGAUAGAGUACACAGCUCAUUAGAAAGACGCAAUUUUACCUUCUUUUACAUAGUGCCUUUACAACACAAGUGAGCCAAACUGAUGUGCUUUUUAAAGCCAGGUAUUGUUUGACCUAUUUUCAUUUCAAGAGUCAACUGCUUUGUAGGUUUUCAUUGCACUGUGGCUCCUAAAUGACAAAAUGAAUGAACAUUUUUAGUAGUAAUUUCAACCCUCUUUGACUCAUGGAGCUUUUGUGUACACAUGUGUAGGUUUUUUUAAAAAAAUUAGAAUAUUUGAGUAAGAGCAAACCUUGAUCAAGUAUUCAGUUGUAGCUCAAAUGCAGCGGCUUUACAUUCCUCUUAGUCAUGUGUUUUCACGCACAUUUGCUAUAGAUAAAGGGUUUAACUGUAAUACUACAGGAUGAACAGCGUAGAGGCCUAAAACAUAGUUACAGUACGACACCUCCCCUGUUGAAACACUGUGACCGAUACGAGAAUUGUUUACAUGGUGAUUUGUUAAAGAUGUUUUCUACAUGCUGAAACGUGUUGUUUGAGAUGUCACUACAGGGAAUGACUGCAUACGGCUGCCAAACGUGAGCUUUCCAUGUAUUUUACCUGAAAAGGGGUUACAUUUAUAUUGUUGAUAAGAGAAAACAACUGCAUGUAUUUUAGUCUAAACGUGUCUACAGCUGUUAAACGUUCCAAAAAGGCUGUGUUGUACAGUAUAUACUAACCCAACUCUAAAGAACUGUGGGAACAUAGCGUUAACAUUUUGAAAAAAAAAAGGGUAAUAAUGAAGAUAGUCCUCAACCCAUAUGUGUAAACUGAGAUUAUGUGUCGUGUUGGCUGCUGUUCCUGUAUCAGCAGUGCUCCUGGAUUUGACCACUUGAGAAAUUUAUAACAGCACUUUUACAUUUAUUUAACACAGUAUUAGUUUGGAGUUACCUAAAAAAAGAAAAUACAGUUUUCUAUAAUGGCAGUAUUUGAUAAAAGAUGGAAAUGAACAUGAAAAUUAACCCAGAAGACAACAUGCUUUUCUAUAAAAUAUUGUUUUUAGUUUCGCAUUUUCACACCUUAAAAACUUGUUUACAUGUGCACUUCAAUUAGUACAGAUUAACAAAUCAUUUUAAAAUGUACAGUUUUUAUCAACAUGUAUGACGGAAUAAUGGAAUUGAGUUUGUAGGUUCUUAUGCAAUGUAUAGCCUUAUAAUUUCUGAUCACACCAAACUCCAUUCAAAAAUCUGACAAUUUAGUGUGGCCUUGCUAAUUGGAAAAACAAAGCGUAUAUCUUCAGAAAUAUGAUGCAAUCUGACCUUUUUUCACUGUGAGGUAAAUGUGUGUUGCUUAUAAUCAUCAAAAUGUAGAUUUUGUGGCCAAGUAAACUGAAGUAAUUGGCUUAAGCUGAAAAUGAACAGCUGCUUCUUAAAAUACAGAUUUUUCAAUGCAGUUUGGCAUGAUUGGAUGUGUACCUUCUACAUGACAUGAGAUGAGGUUUCCAAUGAUUGUUGGGUUCACCGCCACACAAGUGCCUUUUUUAAAAAAAAUAAAUUUUUCUAAAUAAUGGUAUGACAUGGCUGAAAAUGCAUACUGCCACAACAAUGCAUAAUUACUAGUCUUAAUGAGUACAGACUAACUGUACACAUUACAGUCAACUAAAAACUGCCAGCCAUCCUCAUUCUGUAUGCAUAAGUCAUGCUUCCCUGUAUUCUCUGUAGACCAGAUUAACUUCUGUAUAUUAAUCAAUGUAAUAAAAGAAGUAAUUAUUCUA